GGAGAAGCACAUUUGCGAUAGGUGUGAGACUAUGAAGAAGGACUGUUUGCCACAGAACACAAGAAGUCUGAGAAGGCCUCGUAGAAUUGACCACGGAAAUAGUAUCACUUCCGAAGAGCAAGAACAAAUCCCGCAGCCAGGCCAACACAGCAAUAACAAUCAACAAGCACCAGGAUAUGACAAGUCGGCCAGGAAUCUAGCCCAGAAAAACACAAAGCCUGAUAUAGGCACUUCCCAGCCCCCAUUUGGACUAUCAUGGCUACAAGCAGCUCAAGUUCUUAGCCUCUUCCGCGAAGGAUUCACCCCCCAAUUCCCCUUCGUGACAGUCGGGAGUCAUCACACUGCAGAAUCACUGCACAAAGACAGUCCGCUUCUAUUUCGUGCUAUAAUGAUGGCCGCUGCGCCAUUAUCUGAAGCUAGAGUGGCCAAGACGAGACGCAACAUACUCGCAUAUCUGAGCUUUAGGGUAAUGGUUGAAGAAGACAAGACUCUGGAUAUACUACAGGGUGUACUGGUGAUCAUUGCUUGGGCGCACAGGUGUCACAUUGACAAUAGUCAGGUCACCAAUCUGGCGUAUCUUGCACUUGGGUGUGCACAUAACUUGAAUAUCACACAAGACAUAUUGUCAGCUCAAACACUAAGCUCUGGAACGCCUGGCAAAGCACACAUGACAAUUUCAUUGGAGGAGAUACGAGCUCUUCUCGGACUGUAUUGCAUUCUGUCAAUUGUGUCAACAAGACAAUCACGACGAAGUCCUCUCGACAUACCCUACAUGGAGACAUAUCUCAAGACUGUCUCCCAGGCUCAAGCAAUACCAUCUGAUUCUUCAAUAGAGUCUAUUGUUCGGUUCGUUCAGAUGGGUGAGAGACUUUCAAGAAGCUUUGGCGAGCCGCAUGAGCGCACGCUGUUAAGACCAUAUGCUGUCCUUCUCGAAGGAACUGGAAGUCGUUUCCGCAAUGACCUGAGUCGCCUAGCAGAGUCAAUUCCCAACCACAGUCUUGAAACAUACAGCCAGAUGUUUGAGCUUUACCGUUUAUAUCUCCUAGUGCGUCUCUUUGAACCAGCAAUUAUCGUGGCAUGCCAUCCUGAUGAGGGUGUUCCUCAAUUCGUCUAUCUUUUGACAUGCUUGCGCAACUGUCUUCAGACAAUGCAGUCCUUUUUCGAUCUUCUUCUUGACUCGUCUGUUGAUCUGCUAUUACGUUGUUCAAUACUUACAUGCGAUCAAAUUCUCUAUGUCAUGCUACAAGCUGCAAGGUUGCUUCUUGUUGAGAUUCCUGACUGGGAUACUCAGUCUGUUCGACAGACGCUUGAUCUUAGCAAUGUGCUGGAUCGGAUGAUAUCACGUUAUGAAGGAGCAGAACGAUUGCGCAGGGCAGCGGUGGAACAAUUCGUUCUUUCAACACUGGAAGAAGAAUCUACGAAUGACAUGGCUAGUACAUCAAAACUGGUAAAGGAAAUACGCUGGCUAAAAUACUGGCUCGAGUCCAGAUUUCAGGGGUCGUCAGGAGAAGUUGGGGAAGAUGCAUAUCAGGGUGCAAUCAAACCGACUUGGUCUCCGGGGCUGUUGGAAGAAAUGCCAUGGAAGAUUAAAGCCUCUGAUUGAAUUUCUUAGUCACCGUCCUUAAACAAAGACUGGGCCCUAAAGGCUUAUAUAUGAACUUAUCAACGCAUGAACGAAAGGCGGUUGAAAUGAAUAUUCGCAAUUGCAGGGUAUCAU